AUGGGGAUUGCACGGACUCUAGCUACAAGGGAUCAUAUAGACGCUCUAUGGCCUUAUUCUUCGGAUCAUUCAGCCGCCGGUGGCAAAGGAAGAACACGGACACCGCUUCCCCCCUUACAGGAGAGCCUUCCAGCCACAGCCGUUAUUCCCAUGGGCAUUUACGAGGGAGUUGGAAUGCGCGUCCCAUUGCCACUGCUGGAGCUGAGAUGCGCUGCAUUUACCGUUCUACUAUGUUCAUCGUGGGAUUCCAGAUUAACAUGGCGCCCUUCUAUCAUGCAUGUUGUUCCUGUCAGAGCGGUACCAGACACAUGUUUCUAUGUCAUCACCUCUCUCAUCCGAAAGACGUGGCAAGUCCUCGGCUCUCCAUACGUUAUAUUAAAAAAGACCUAA